CAACGUUACCAACAGAUUCAGAAAUGAAUUUUAAUCCCUUCCAUAGUCAUCUCACAUGUAUUUACGUAAGUACACGCUACAGCUGUCUGCCUGCAAUACCAAUUCAGCGAAUAGUUUCUCCAUUGACCGCCAUCCAUGAGAAGAGGCCGCUAAAAUCACCUCCGAAUUUUCAGGUCGGUAUGGCAGUCAGAUUGGGCCGUGAAAGUCCAUAAGGUGAGAGGUCUACUCCGUAUAUCUCGUCUGUGGUAGUACGAGCAUUCGGCAGUGGGUAACCUGUGGCGCUUGAAAGUUCAUUCAUUCCGUCAGACUUCAGUUAGGCCGUGUUGUGGGUCGUUGAAAGGUGAUGGAUGGCGCGUGUCGUGGAACGGUGACACGAAGUUGACAUAUUGCGCGAAAACUGUAUAAAUCCUGUCUUCAUUAUUCUCUCUGAUAUCAUUUUAUGAUCCCCGUCAUAUACACUAAUGGCAGGAGAGUUGCGUAAAGAGAAGUUCACGGGCGUGUCGCUGGACCAAUUGAAAUAAUUAUCAUGGCACAAUGUCGAAAAAUCAUGACGGAAAUGGGUUGUGUUUGUUCUAAAAAUUUUAAACAUGAAAAUCGAAUAUUACAAACCAUUUGACGUACACUGAGCAGUUUAUAUUUUAAGAGAGGAGGGGAAUAACAUAAUAGCAGUAACAAAUUCACUGUUCUAUAAAGUACACGGAUUGAAACUAUUUACAGUGCCAUUUCUUUUUUUAGACCUAGAGAUGAACAUAUGUAUGCUAUUGUGUAAUACAUUGUUCUAGUUCAACCAAAAUUGAUCCUUCAUUUACAUACACCGGAAAGCUCCACAAUGUUCUAUUGCGAUAUUGAAAUUCAUCAACGAUGGAAGAAAGAAAACUCUCAAUAUCCUGUGACAUUCUGGCAAGGUUGAAUGAAACUGAACAAAAACUCUUUGAGAAUCAAAAUCACUGUAUAAAGCCAUUGCCUGCAGCAUUUGACCAAGUGGAUGCUGAGAUUUUAAUCAAUGAGAAAGAUUCCAUCAAUGAUUCAACAAAAAUUAACUGUUGCAAUACCUCCUCAAAAAUAUUAUUGUCUUCAAAGGAUACCCAGAACUCUAAGGAAAAAGAGGAGGCAUGUUCUACAAAAAGAACUAUUCAGCCACCCUCGCCAACUACUCUACAGUGGGGUAGGGCUAUAGCUGAAGUAAAGGAACAUGCUGUAACAAAAUUACAAGAUGAACUUAAGAGGGCUCACGAGGAGUUAAAACUAAAGGACGAAGAAGUUACAAGACUUUCAAGAAUCAAGCAGGAUGUUGAAGCAGAGUUGGAGGAACUCACUGCCAGCCUCUUUCAAGAAGCACACAAUAUGGUACGAGAAGCAAAUGUACGUCAAGCCACGGCGGAACGUCUUUUGGAGGAAAGUCGUAUGAAAGCUGAAGUUUUAGCUGCCGAAGUGGCCGCUCUAAAGACACUAGUAUUAACUUCAACGCCUGCUAAACCGAACUUCCAUUUACAUCCGCAAAUCGAUACGAAAAGUCGUCCAAACAGCGAAGAUGGUCAGCAAAGUCUUUUUGCAAGAAAACAUAGAAGGUCACCGUCGCAUUUCAAUCUAAAAUACGGUCGAGAGAACUCUCCACCGGAUUCUCCGCUAAAGGAACAAAGGGCAUCUUUACCGUCGGAUCGAGAGACUCUAGAAAGAGAUUGGAAAAAAGAUUCAGACAAAGAAAAGGACAAAGACUGCAAAGAUUUCGGCCUUGAAGUUGAUCCUAGAGUGCACACAGAAUUUCUUAAGUGGAAAGCCAAUCCAUGUGUUGACAAAGGUGACCCUUUUGUUGGUAGAAUUUUUAAAGAAGACAUCGAUCUCUGCCUUGAUUUCCCUAAUAAAGAAUUGGGUACAAAAGUUAGGCAAGCUGUUCUCGAUGGUAUCAUCUUUAUAGAAGCGAUCAGUGACAAGACAAAAUUCACAUUUCCGAAAAAAUGUGUACUACUUGAAGCACCGCGUCAAUGUUAUUAUCGAAUGAGAUUCGGGGAUCAAGAAAAUCAGUGGUACAGCAUAUCACAAAUUUGUCGUAAUCGAAUCAUAGCAGUCUGCGAUUUCUUGAAUUACCUGCGUUAUGUUGAACGUGGCCUUGUCAAAAGCUCAGUUCACGAUGUUUAUUGGGAAAUUACACGGUUGCGAAAGGAAAUGGCGUUUGCUCGUUUGGGCCUCGCAUUGUCGUCUUAACGCAUUUCGCGGACGACUUGUUCUAAUCUUAAAUCGAAAAAGACUAGGCCAUGGAUCUGUUAUUAUUCAUUUACAUCUAUCAACCGUAGAGAUCGUUGAAAAUUUUAAUCGUUCCAACUAGCCUCGAUCUUUUUUUCUACUCACUGAUCGAGAUUUUAUAGAGUAAGUGCUAAAGUUUUAAUAUAUAAAAGCUCUCAAAUUCUUCUAUUAUAGCGUAAAACGCGCUCAACUUAUUUAAAAAAGGUUUAUACCAGUCGGUUUAAAGAUCUUAGUUGAGAUUAUAAUUUCAAAAAUAUUUAAUGCUAUCUUUGUUCUCGAACGGAAAACGAUAAAGACUUCGUUAACGAUCUGACCUUAAUUAUAUAGCAUAUUAUUUUAUUAACAGGCACAAAUACAUUUUAAUCAGUUUUAAAGUGCAAUGAAAUAUAUUUGUAAGAUAUUGGGGAACACGGUGCCUUUUAACUUUUCGCUCAUUGAUAAAACGCGGCUAGAUUUUAGUUUAAGCUUUAUAGUUAACGGCAGUUUAAUCGAAUUAUACAAAAAGGUUAUUCUAUUCGUUUUAUAAUUUAUUCAUAGUUAUAUUUUUUAUCCCUUAUAAAUUUUACAAUGGUAACAAGCAAUACAAAUUGUUGUACGCACUAAUGUGAAAAGGAAGUGUUAUAGUCUGAAAGACUGUAGGAAUAAGUAUCUUCUGAAGUUGAAAAUUAAUUUGGACCAUGGUACAUGAUAAAAAUACGUAUUAUAUUUACACAUUGACGUUUGUUAGUCAAUGUGUAACAGCUAUAUCGGGUGACAGAUGAAUCAUUUUUACAGUUUCCUUUUUGUGCUAACUAGUAUCUAUGGUAAUUGUUUUUUGUGCACAUUCAUUGACUUCAGUUUUUAAAAGGCGAUUGCUCAGUGCUAAUUGUUAUAGGCUAUAGUAGAUUAAAAACGAAUCUCCAUUUUAUGUUGUAUAGUCUUUCGAUUGACAGUUCUUAUUUACAACAUUUCGAAUACAGUUCGUUCCUUUUUGUACAAUAUUAAUUUAUUUAUUCUUAUUGAUUUAAAUACGUAUACAUACCUUUGGACAUUAAAAAAUCGGACUAUAAUUUUCUCAAACAAAUCUUGUUAUAAAAUCACGUAUAUCUAAUUGAAAGAAAAAAAAAUUUGAAAAAUAAAAGUCAAUCUUAAUAAAUUGUUACAAGACGUGUCAUUCAACAUAUUGAAAUAAUGAGAUUAUUUCGAUAUUGUUUUCUUAAAAUAUACAAGUAUCUUAAACCUUGGCAAAAUAUUUCAAGAAUGCCAUACAUAAAACGUUUAUUAAAAAUCAAAAGCAUGAACAUCUAUGAAUAUGUAAUGGUUCUACUUUAUAAGUUUUCACAGCAUAAAAUAAUUUUAACGUUAUAAUCAUAAUUUAAGAAUACAUGAUAUUAUGUUAAAUGCAAUGAUCAUAAAAUAUGUAUUAGCAUUUUCAUAUUUAAUGUAAUUUAUACUUUCGCGCGAUAUGAAUAAUGAAACUUGAGUUUUGUCCAAAGGUACAGAGUUCUUCCAAGAUCUAAGAAAUACGUUAUCUUCCAUUGCAAACAUUAACUAGUACCUGGUAAUUAGCGUGCAUAUAAGAGAUGUAUACUGUUAAGGGUUUCAUAAAACACUAUACAAUACGUGUCAUAUAAUUACUAUAUGACUAAGGUGAUAAGAAAUAUUUCGAAUUAUUGACAUUUAAUGUGUGCUAUAGCUAAAAGCAUAUUUGUCAAUCUACCUAAAUUGCGUCCUAAUUGAAAGAAAAUGACAAUUUUUUGUUAUAUUGCUUUUUUUUAUAUAUUAUUUCAUUUGGGACUUGAAACAAGAACAAUACAGCCAAUGUGUUACAUACAAUCAAAUUAUUGUUAUUGUUAUAUAUAUGAAAUUGUUUCAAUUUUCAACAAUAAUGAAACUUUUGAUACUAUACUUCCAUUGUAUUAUAUAAAUUUUUUAAUUCGAGUUUUA